CGAAACAAGAAUCAUUUAACCACUCACAAGAAGAUUUUCUCUGGGGAGAAGCACAAUCAAGUAUGAUAUUAUACUAUCAGGUUCCGUUUUCAGAAUAGGUUCCGUUUUCUGCUGUAAUGGUUCAACAACAGGUUCCGUUUUCAGAAUAGGUCCUACCAUCUCAGAAAAAUGCAACAUUAUCAAAGACCUUCUUUACAAGUCCCACCCUCAAAUAUGCCGCAGAUGCAGCCACGACCAUCUCAUUUACCCCUCCUACCACACUCUCAUUUGUCUCGCCCUCCCCCAAUGGCAGGUUCUUUGCCCAUGCCCUCGAUGUCUAACUCACCACAAUUGCCACAAAUGCCCGUUCAAAUGCAAAGGUCUUCUUUACAAGUCCCGUCCUCAAAUAUGCUGCAGAUGCAGCCACCACCAUCUCAUUUAUCCCUCCCACCACAUUCUCAUUUGUCUCGCCCUCCCCCAAUGGCAGGUUCUUUGCCCAUGCCCUCGAUGUCUAGCUCCCCACAGCAAAGACCUUCUUUACAACCAGCCUCAAAUAUGCCGCAGAUGCAGCCACCACCAUCUCAUUUAUCCCUCCCACCAUAUUCUCAUUUGUCUCGCCCUCCCCCAAUGACAGGUUCUUUGCCCAUGCCCUCGUUGUUGAACUCACCACAAUUGCCACCAAUGCCCGUUCAAAUGGGGAGCCAAGGUUCGGUGAAUCAUAUGGUGCAGCCAAUGCCACAAGGACGUUUGAUGCAUAUGAAACAAAUGCAUUCAAGAUUUGUACCAGCUGAUGCUCUACAGCAACCCCCACAUGGUGGUUAUGCUAAUGGGAUGCCUAAUAUUCAGGGACCUUCAGGACCAAGUGGACCCGGCCAAAUGUAUCCUCCAUUGGGCGGUCCUUACAACCACGGACAACCUGUUCAAAUGUCAAUGGUUGCAGCACUUAAUCCGUUCCAGAAUGGUGGUACAUACAAUCGUAAAAGGUUUCCUGAGGAGGGAUUCCCUAGGGAGGCCACCUCCCCUAGUUAUGCUUCCUAUCUAGAGACACUUAUGCGGGGUAGUGGACCCCCACCAGCAGUUGGCACUUGGCCUCAACCAAGGAGGAAAGGGUUUGAUGAAGAAUCUGCUUUAGCAAGAGACUCGAGACAACAUGACAAGCCUUAUGGUGAUUCAUUCCGUGAACUGGACAGAUUGCAGGAACCCAAGAAAUAUUGCGAGAUUGAUAAUUUUCAAGUAGUGGAUAAAUAUCCAGAUAGCUAUCGUGGCAUCGACAGCUACUACAACCAUGGGCAUGAUGGGCCUGGGAUGCUUAGUAGAUGUAAUCAUUUUCCACCUGAUGAUUUUGAUCAUAUGCCAUGUAUAUCCCUAACCACAGAAGUUAGCCAUGAACAGUCCUGCUAUGAUUCCCGUGAAUGUGAUAAAAAGAGUUCGAGUCAAGAGAGAGAUCAAAGUCCAGAAAGAACUGAAAAGGCUAUAGAAAGAGAUGUCCAACAUCAACAAGAUGGAGGAGGUGAGAGAAUACAACAAAUACAGCAAAAACUGCAACAGCAGCAGAAACAACUGCAGCAGCAACUACUUGAGGUUGAUGAAAUCCAGCCUGAGCCUUCUUCUAUUCUUGAAGAAAGAAUAACUUGUAUCAAGGAACUGCAGAAACUGCAACAGCAGAAGAAACAACUGCCUCAGCAACUACUUGAGGUUGAUGAAAUCCAGCAUGAGCCUUCUUCAGAUGGUAUUUCAUCUUCUAUUCUUGAAGAAAGAACAACUUGUAUCAAGGAACUACGUAAACUGCAACUGCAGCAGAAACAACAGAAACUACUUGAGGUUAAUGAAAUCCAGCUUGAGCCUUCUUCACAUGGUAUUUCUUCUUCUAUUCUUGAAAAAAGAACAACUUGCAGCAAGGAAGAUCAAUAUCCAAAAGCUAUUACGGAAGCUAAUGAGAUCAGUGGUCCAGCUGCAGUGAUGAGAUUCUCGAAUGAUCCUGAGGUAUUACAGAAGUUGGGGGAUGGUAUAGGCUUUGGAGUUUCAAGUGAUGUUGUCAAACCAACUGAAUAUAAUUCACCAGAUGAUAAUGCAGAAGAUAAAUCUGCCAAAGAGGACACGUCGACUUCUUCACAUGGCAUUUCUUCUUCUAUUCUUGAAGAAAGAAUAACAUGCAUCAAGGAAAAUCAAUAUCCAAAAGCUAUUACCGAAGCUAAUGAGAUCGGUGGUCCAGCUGUAGUGAUGAGGUUCUCGAAUGAUCCCGAGGUUUUACAGAAAUUGGGGGAUGGUAUGAACUUUGGAGUUUCAAGUGAUGUUGUCAAUCCAACUGAAUAUAAUGCACCAGAUGAUAAUGCAGAAGAUAAAUCUGUCAAAGAGGACACGUCUGUUCAUCAGACAGGUGGUGUUGGCGACAUUGAGGAAAUGGAUAGGUUGCCGAAAGAAGAGAGGAUUAGAGAAAAAAGGAAAAUGAAUCAGUCACGGAGCAGUUAUAGGAAAAAGAUAAAAAGAUCAGUAAGGAGGGCUGCACUGGCUGCACAAUCGAGAGAAGAUAAUGCUCCUCAUUGUGAUACUGGUCAUGAAAGAAAGAAGUGUGUAACAGCUACUUCGGAAAACAGCGCAGCUCUCCCUAUUGUAGAAGAACUUGAGAUUGGUAAUCUCCAGCAUGACUUUUCCUCAGAUCCUAUUUCUGCCUCUAUGCUCGAAGAAAAUGUUGAAGAACUAACGUCUUGCAUCAAGGAAGAUCCAUAUUUAAAACCUAUUGUAGAAGAUAUCGAGAUUGGCGGUCCAACGAAGGAAAUGGAUAGGUUGCUGAAAGAGAGGCUUACAGAAAUAAGGAAAAUGCCUAACAAGCAACGGAGCAGUAAGAGGAAAAAGUUCAAAAGAUUAUAUGAAAGGGCUGCACAAUCCCCUAAUGUAGAAGAACUUGAGAUUGGUAAUAUCCAGCACGAUUUAUCCUCAGAUCCUAUUUCUACCUCCAUCUCCGAAGAAGAUCUUGAAGAACUGAUGUUUUGCAUCAAGAAAGAUCCAUAUUUGAAACCUAUUGUAGAAGAUAUCGAAAUUGGUGGUCCAACAAUAAUGAUGAGGUACUUGAAUGAUCCUGAGGUUCUGCAAAAGUUGGGGCAGGCUAUGGGUUUUGGCCUUUCAGGGGAAAUUGUAGAUACAACUGAACCUAAUGCUCCGGCUGAUUAUGCAGAUGAUAAAAGUACCAAAGAGAAUGAUUCGAUUGUCUAUGCUGGGCACAAGGGGAACUGUGGGCACAAGGAUGUUGGUAACGAAGGGGUUGUAGUGCCAAUAUGGAAUGAGGCUAUUGCAGCAGAACAGAUUAAUUUUUAUGGGUUUUGUUAUAACUGUCGUGAAAGGGGUCAUAAGGCAUCGCAAUGCCCUAAAGAGAAGGUGCAAGCAGGAGACAAACGUGAGCAACCAAGCACUGGGGUUGGAAUCAGUAAUGUGCAACCUCGUGGCGAGGUUGUAGCACCAGCAUGGAAUGAGGCUAUUGCAGCAGAGCCAAAUUUCAAUCGAUUUUGUUAUAACUGUCGUGAAAGGGGGCAUAAGGCAUCGCAAUGCCCUAAAGAGAAAGUGCAAAGAGGGGAUGAACGUGAGCAACCAAACACUGGGGUAGGAAACAGUAAUGUGGAGCCUCAUGGCCAGGUUGUAGCACCAGCAUCGAAUGGGGCUAUUGCAGCAAAACCUACUAAGUUCAAUCGGUUUUGUUAUAACUGUCGUGAAAGGGGGCAUAAGGCAUCACAAUGCCCUAAAGAGAAGGUGCAAGCAGGAAACAAACUCGUGCAACCAGACACUGGGGGCCGCAAACAGUAAUGUGCAGCCUUGCGGCCAGGUUCAACUCUUUGCUGUGCACCCUCCUGAGAUUGAGAAUGCUAAACUGGGAGGUGUUAUUCAGGAUCGAGAAAGAGCUUGGGUGAUUCCAGUUGUGGGUGGAUAUUGAGAAGAUAUCUAGCCGAGGGUGGAUAUCUACACUUGUACUGUUUUAAUUUCUUUCUCAGUGGGAUAUUUGUUUUGGUAGUUUGUUGUUUUCCAUUGGGAUUGGAAACCCUUGGCAAAGAAAUCGUCAGACAUAUGCUUAUGUAAUCAUCGGCUGGAUUAUGUGAAAACAUGGUAGUUACAACUGCACUACCGGUGUUAGCGACAUUGAGUUACAGGGUAUAAAGACAACAUCUGCAAUCUGAGCUGAUUAAGAUAAAACAAGAUUAAGAGAGAAGGACAGCUUUGUGGAUUUUUCUACAACAGCUCAAAGAAUUCAUGACAAGUUCUCCGUGUUAUUUUGUUAUGCCACUGUUUAUUUCUCUUUUUCAGAUCAAGGGCUGAAUGUGCUCCGUGUAAGGUGCAUCUUUUACUGAAGCUUGUGUGUCUCUUUGGGGCAGAAAAUGUUUAUCCAAAUUUCUCAUUUGAGCAACACUUUCUUUUUAAUGUUUGUAAAAGCAUAAAAGCUUCGAUUUUGUAGAAUGACUAGUCACAUUUUCAUUGCUUGAGAGGAAGUUUUAUUAAGGAUUUUCGAGAUCUUGAUUAAGAAGAUUCAUACUGUAAUCAAGUUCGGUAGAUGUUAAUUCUAUAUCACCUGGCGAAUUGUUACAUCUAUUUUGCAGCUUGUGUUUUCCAGAAAGUGAAAGCAG